AAAAUUUACAAAAGUGACAGAUGUCAUGACAACAGUAGUGCCAUAUAUAAAUUAAGGAUAUUUUAUCAAAAAAUAAACAAAAUGAAUAUUAAUUAGUGAUAUUAUUAUUAGCCGGCUAAUUUCUAUAUAUUUAUAUUUUCAUUAAAAAUGAAAAUAAGAGCCAGAAAUUAGAAUGAUUAAAAAUGUCAAAUACCUAACAAUUUUUUAUGGAUUAUUUAACGUAGCAUUCUGAAAAAAUAGAAUCACAAUGGUGAUUGUGACUCGAUUUUCGCAAAAAUUGAGUCGCGGCUCCAAUCAUCAAAACAAUGCCAUAAUAAUCGUAUGUUCAGUGUUCUUUUUAUGUAUUCUAUUAAUUACCGCCUAUCAUGUAUUUCAAAUUGGAAAUAGACAACAAAAUUCAACUUACCAACCAUUGGUAUUGAGCGAUAUAAAUGCAUUGCCAACGAAAAUAUUGGGUAAAGAUAUACCCGAAGCCGAAUUGACAAAUUCUUCCUGUAAUUAUUUUGGUUGUUUCAAUUUAUAUCGAUGUGGAAGUCAGGGUAAUAAACUUUCGGUUUAUGUUUAUCCACCGAAAGUAUUUCUUGAUCAUGAAGACACACCAGUUACAAGUCAAAUGACAAGAGAAUUUUAUCAAAUUUUAUAUGCAAUCACGUCAAGUAAAUUUUACACUCCAAAUCCACAUGAGGCUUGUAUUUUUGUUCCAUCAAUCGAUAUGUUGAAUCAAAAUAGAUUGAAAUUGCGACAAGUCUCACAGGCUCUUCGAUCUCUUGAAUUCUGGGAGAAAGGAGAAAAUCAUUUAUUGUUUAACAUGAUAUCCGGAAGUGUUCCGGACUAUAAAACUGUGAUUGAUGUACCAAUUGGUAGGGCAAUGAUCGCCGGAGCUGGAUUUUCGACUUGGACACAUCGUCGUGGGUUCGAUAUUAGUUUACCAGUUUACAGUCCACUGGUAGAAAAUUUAAAACGAAAUUAUUCGAUAAAUAGAAAAUGGUUAGUUACGGCUGCACAAAUUAAUAUUAAUUCAGCCUUCGAGCAAGACUUGUUAGAAAUUAAGGCUGCGCAUCCAAAAGAAAUUUUAAUUCUCGGUCCGUGUUUACAUCACAAUCCAAUGAACAAUUCAAUUCGUUGUGUGGAAGAGCAUGUUUAUAAAUAUCCCGAUAUUUUGCAGAUGUCAAAUUUUUGUUUAAUAAUUCGAGGAGCGAGGCUCGGUCAAAGUGCCUUUUUGGAAUCAAUGGCUGCCGGAUGUAUUCCCGUGAUAAUAUCAGAUUUAUUGGUGAUGCCAUUUCAAGAAGUUAUUGAUUGGAAGAGAGCUGCGAUAUUUAUAAGGGAAGUAGAUAUCCUAAUGGUAGUGCCAACAUUAAAAAAAAUAUCCGAAAAACGAAUAAUUGAAUUACGAAAUCAAGUUUCUUGGCUUUAUAAAAAAUAUUUCGAAUCAAUGGGCACAAUUACGGAAACAUCAUUGGAAAUUCUUGCCGAUCGUGUGUUUCCACAUCUUGCGAGAGAUUACAAUUUUUGGAAUAUUCCAAAGCAUUUAGACAAUAAGUCACCUUUAUUUUUGCCCGUUACGGCUCCAAAAACACGUGGAUUCACUGCUGUGAUUUUGACAUAUGACAGAUUGGAACUUCUCUUUUCGUUAAUUAAUAAACUCGUCAAGGUGCCGAGCCUGUCAAAAGUUCUCGUCAUUUGGAACAAUCAAAACAAAGAUCCACCUCCAUCUUCAACUUGGCCGAAACUUUUAAAACCAUUGAAAGUGAUUCGCACAAAAGAGAACAAAUUAUCAAAUCGCUUUUAUCCAUACGAUGAAAUUGAAACCGAGGCUAUUUUAUCCAUUGAUGACGAUAUUAUUAUGUUAACUACAGAUGAAGUGGAAUUCGCUUUUGAGGUUUGGCGAGAAUUUCCCGAUAGAAUUGUUGGUUUUCCAUCGCGAACACAUACAUCGGAUAAUAUAACUGGAUGCUGGAAAUACGAGAGUGAAUGGACCAAUCGAAUUUCCAUGGUUUUGACCGGUGCCGCAUUUUAUCACAAGUAUUGGAGUUAUAUGUACACAACGUCAAUGCCAGGUGACAUAAAAGAAUGGGUAGACGAGCAUAUGAAUUGUGAAGACAUUGCCAUGAAUUUUUUGAUCUCAAAUAUUACCGGAAAAGCUCCCAUUAAGGUGACACCAAAGAAAAAAUUUCGAUGUCCCGAGUGCACGAAUACGGAAAUGCUUUCAGCCGAUUUAACUCACAUGGUGGAGAGGACUCAAUGCAUUAACAGAUUUUCAAAAAUUUAUGGCUCAAUGCCUUUAAAAUCAGUUGAGUUUCGAGCUGAUCCUGUACUCUUUAAGGAUGCAUUUCCCGAAAAAUUGAAAAGAUUCAAUGACAUUGGAAGUCUUUAAAAAAAGAAAAUCUUGAUUCAAAAUAUUUAAUUUUGCAAUUAUUUUUUCUACUUUUUUAUAUAAUAUUAAUUUAUUAUUCACUUUAUAUUUUUUUAUCAUUGUUUAUAUAAAGAAAAACCAGUUUAAUGUGUAUAAAAUUUACUAACAUUAAUUUGUAAAUUAAUCGCAAAUAAAUAUUUUCUAUUGUUGUUAAUGUUAA